AUGGGAAAAGGAGCUGCGAGGUUUGGAGGAAAAAGCGGGUUCCUGCCGAAACCACGGGAGAUUUUCAAACAACCGUACAAGCACGUUGUGUACCAGAAAGAGCCCGACACGGGGUACGCCGACGGGAUCUUGCAUCCUCGCGGCACAACAAGAGAGCUGAUCCGUCCGCCGGUGGUGACGCCCGAGGAGCGGCUUCUGCGCACGGCCAGGCCGCCUAAAAAGGUGCCGGGCGAGUCUGAGCUGCAAAAAAUGGCCGCCGAACAGCGCGCCAACAUCAAACAGGCCGAGCUCCGCAGAAAGUAUCUUGCCGAGUCGUACAAGACGGAGGUGAGCCGUCUGGAGAGACUGGAGGCCCAGGAACGCCGUCGGGCAGAGGAACAGGCCAAGGUGGAGCAAGCCGCACGCGAGUACAAGGCCUCGCACGCCGAGGUGUACACGAUGCCGACCGUCGAGAGCUAUUUGGACGGCCCUUUCAUACGGCCGCGCACAGAGGAGGAAAAGGAGGAGCUGAGACUGAAGCGGGAGGCGAACCGGCGGGCGCGGGAGCUGGAACAGAAGCAGGCACAGGCGGUGAAGCUGCUGGAAUUGUACAACGCGGCGGCGAAUUUUGCCGUGACGGAUGAAAAGCUCAAGGAGAUGGUGGACAGCGCGUUCUCGGACAGAAAGCUGCAGGCGGUGAAAGACAUGCUGAGCGUGGAUCUGAGCGGUCUGGGCUCGCAACCAAGCCCCGGCGAGUUUGACAAAACGGUUGCAGACGUGAUCCUGGGCACUGUGAACAAGGGUCCGUCGCUGGACGCUGUCGAGGACACGUUGAGCGGCUUUAACGAGCUGAUUUUGGAAACGGCACAGACAAAGAUGGAGGAGAAGAAGAUGGAGCUGAAGUUGAAGGCAGAGGAAAAGCAGAGACAGCUGCAGCAGCUCCAGGAGGAGAUUCUUCGCGAACGGGAGCAGAAGACUGAGGAGAGCGAGCAGAAGAAUGAAUAA